AUGAGUAACCAAGCCCAACGAAACCCAAUCAACAAGUCCGUGUUGAUCAUGCUGCUCCUGCUGCCAGCAACAACUGCGUCUUUCUGGCCGUUCAACAAAAAACACGGGGGCAAAACGAUAGGCACACAAGCCGUCGAAUCAUUGAAGCGGGGUGGAGAUCAGAUUACAGAUUCUCUUUCAUACGCCGCAACGUUCGUUGGUGAUGCUGCUUCCGGAGCGCAGCAAGCUGCCAAGGAGCGAGGCUCCGAAUUGGCAGAUAGCGUAGCUGGUGCAACAAAACGCGCAGCCGAGAAAACUCUCCAAGCCGGUGCCAAAACCCAGGAGAAGGCCAUGAAGACCACCACUGAAGCAAGCAUGGCCGCUGCAUCCUUUGUGGGUGACAAGGCAGGUCAAGCUCAAGAUGUUGCGAAGGAGUCACUUCACAAUGCCGCCGCCAAGGCCUCCAAGGCUGGAGACGCUGUAUCAGGCAAGGCGGGGGAGGCGAUGAACGGGAUCAAAGAUAUGGCCAUGAGUACAGGUGACAAGGCGUCAUCGGAAUGA